AUGGAUGCAUACUAUGUUCCAGGUUGGGUUACGGACUUGUCCACCACUAUGAUGGUGAAGCUUGAGAAUUCGCCCUUGAUGCUGCCCAUAAUUUUCACAAUUUCUUUAGGGUUAGUCUUAUUCUUCACGACCAUCUAUCGCUUGUUCUUCCAUCCACUGAGGAAGUUCCCUGGACCUCGUUUGGCCGCUAUCACGCAAUGGUACCAAUUCUACCACGAUGUUAUCCUUGGUGGGAAAUAUCUCUCCAUGAUUCCAGGAUUUGAAGCAACAUAUGAUUCCAAAAUUAUCCGCAUUGGUCCUAACACUUUGCACAUAAAUAAUCCAGAUUAUUACAUGGAAGCUUUCACCGAGUCCUCUUAUCACAAAACACCUUCUUGGGAAAGUCUUCCGUGGCCAAACGCAUUGUCAAACAUAACCGACCCCAAAAAGCACGCCAUUGAACGUAGGAUAUUUGCUCCGCUGCUAAAUUGGUCUUCUAUUGAGAUACUCUUGCCUAGCCUGGCUACUAAGCUCGAAGAGCUGGGUGAAGUGCUGGAUAAAUGUGCACAAGCCGGCGACACAAUUGAACUACUGAAGUAUAUCACUCUCUUAGCAGCUGGUAUGACUUCGGAAGCAAUUUUCGGGUUCUCAGAAAAUUUGAGUACCGACAAAAAUGUGCUUGAGGAAACAGCCGAUCUUUACCGAUCUUUCCUUAUUCAUUCAAUUUUGUUUCAAUAUUUCCCGUACCUCAAUAAACUUCUCGACAUACUUCCUGACGUCGUCGUGAAUAUGCUUAUUCCGCCUUACAUUAAGUUUCGAAAGCCAACUUUAUGCGAUGCCAUUCUUGACUGCCCACCAGAAAGGCACUGGCAGCCCGUCAAUGAUGAUUACAUCAUAAAUACCGCCAUUAUGUUCUCCGUUGCCGGCUCUACUAGUCUGGCCUAUGUCGUAGAAGGCGCAGCCUUCCAUCUACUCACCCAUCCACCGGUCCUCGCAAAAUUGAAACUCGAGCUCAAAGAGUCAGAGUUCCAUCUAAAGAACUGGAAUUUUAAAAAAGUACAGGAGUUAGAAUAUCUGACCGCCGUUAUUCGCGAAACAUUGCGCAUCACAGCUCCUACUCCUGGAUUCUUUUCAAGGGUCGUUCCAAAUACAGGCGCUACGGUGGCAGGUCAAUUCAUUCCGGGAGGGACAUGGUUUUCCGUCACCCAGCAGAGUGUCAAUAUGGAUCCUGGCCUCUUCCCCGAUCCGCAUUUAUUCAGGCCAGAAAGAUGGCUGGGAGAAUCGGGGCGGGCACUAAGCAAGUGGUCUAUUGCGUUUGGCAAAGGGCGACAUACCUGUGUUGCGCAAAAGUAA